CGCGCGAUGUUCAGACUAAGCAAUCGACUGCCCUCCGCCCUCGGCGGUCUACGCCACGCCUCCUCCGCCGCCGGCGAGGGUCAGCGAACCGCCCUCUACGAUUUCCACGGGCAAAAAGGCGGGAAAAUCGUGAAUUUCGGAGGUUACGCCCUGCCGGUUCAGUACUCCGACCAGAGCAUCAUCGCCUCGCACCUCCACACCCGCCAGGUGGGCUCCAUCUUCGACGUGUCGCACAUGCUGCAGACCCGGGUGUUCGGCAAGGAUGGGGCCGCCUGUCUGGAGUCCGUCUGCACUGCGGACAUUCUGGGCACUCAGGACGGCAGUGGCACCCUCACCGUGUUCACCAAUGAGGCGGGUGGCAUCCUGGACGAUCUCAUCGUGAACAAAGUCAGCGAAAAGGAACUCUACGUGGUCUCCAAUGCGGCGAUGAAGGAGCAGGAUAUGGGAAUAAUGAGCGCAGCAGUGAAUAACUUCAAGUCACAAGGCAAGGACGUGGCCAUCGAGUUCCUCACCCCCACCGAUCAGUCCUUGGUGGCGGUUCAGGGUCCCCAGGUGGCAGAUGAACUAGCCAAACUCCUGCCAAAGGAAGCUUCUCUGGAGCAACUCUUCUUCAUGAGAUCUUUCGUCACCACCCUGGCUGGAAUUCCCGAUGUCAGGAUCACGAGAUGUGGCUACACUGGCGAGGAUGGUGUGGAGAUAUCCGUGGAAUCCAGCCAGGCCCAAAAGCUCACCGAAUCUCUUCUUCAGAGUGGAACCCUUAGGCUCGCCGGCCUGGGAGCCAGGGAUUCCCUGCGAUUGGAGGCGGGUCUUUGCCUGUACGUCAGUGACAUUGAUUCCAAGACCACGCCCGUGGAGGCGGCUCUUGCCUGGUUGGUGUCCAAAAGACGCCGCACCACCCGAGAUUUUCCAGGAGCUGAAGUGAUCCUUGGGCAGCUAAAAGAGGGAGUUAGCCGGAGGCGAGUGGGUUUGCAGAUGUUGGGAGCCAAGCCGCCACCAGCCCGAUCCGGAGUGGCCAUCUUUAGCCAGGGUGAGCAAGUGGGUCAGGUGACCAGUGGUUGCCCGAGUCCCAGCGCUGGUCGCAAUAUUGCUAUGGGUUAUGUAGCGGAGAAUCUCAAGGCUCCUGGCACAAAGGUGGAGUUAAAGGUUCGCGACAAGUUCUACGAGGCCGAGAUCACAAAAAUGCCUUUUGUAAAAGCCAACUACUAUAACAAGCCAAAGAAAUAAAUUUGCCCAAAAAUUCCUGAA